CUUGCAGUCAACUUUACUUUAAUGAAUGAGUACAGGGAGUUGGUGGGUUUACAACCAUGAGUGCCCACCAUUGCACCCUUUGGGAGAUUCAUGCCAUGAUUCCUAGGCUAGCAUGAGGAAAGUCAAAUAUAUUUAUUGAUCAACAAGCUGGAUCGAUCACACAAAAAUGAUGAUUAGUAUAUGUAUAUGUUUUAAUAGAUCCAAAAAUAACUGAAUGCAACACUUUUUUAAUUUAGCGCAUAGGAUGCUAUGUAGCUGCCAUUUGAUAGCCACCCUGUAAGCAAGCAAUUAAGCGAACUAAUCAAUCAUUUUAAUAUACAAACUGAGGCAUGCGUCAAUUUGCAAGCACAAGAAUGAAAGGACAUAAUGCAGACUCGGGAAUUCAGACCUCGGUACUUGGUUUGACCCUCCUGCAGAAAUUUUAAAUCGCAUAGCUUCAUAAGCAAAAGAAAAAGAGUAGUGAUAUAUGUUAAUAUCUUCUAUAUCAGUGUAAGUUAGCGGGACUUGUCUCAUUUUGAAGAAUGGUAACAAACCUUGUGCAUUCAUUUUCAGCUUUCUGUUUUGUCAUUCUCCGAAACAAGUCGCCCUGGUGUUUUUGUUGGAUAUCUGGUGCUGAGUUUGUCUGCUUGGUGGCAACCAUACUAGAAUGUUUGCUUAGAUCAUGUGCCACUAAGUUGCAAAAUAUCAUUACUAAUGAGGUGAUACUGAUCCUAGGAGUGGAAAAAGAACUCACAAAAGUAUUGCGACGAGUAGAAUUAAUAGAGUGUUGUUUAUAUGAUGCUGAGAAAAGGACAAAAGAGCUAGCAGUUAACAGUUGGCUUGGUCAACUGAGAGAUGUUAUAUAUGAAGCUGAUGAAAUCUUGGACGUGGUUAGAUGUAAAGGAAGCAAGCUACUUCCUGAACAUCCUUCAUCAUCGUCAAACAAAUCAGCUGCACAUAAAGUCCUUUCAGUUUCCUCUAGCUUCCGUAACAUCGUGCCACGUCAUGAUGUUGCUGUUCGGAUUAGAGCACUCAACAAGAAGAUAGAGCACAUUACAAAGGACAAGAUAUUCUUAACAUUCAAUAGUAAUACACAACCUACUGGAAAUGCUCCAACAUCUAAACUGAUAAGAAGUUCUGACCUUGUUGAGCCUAACUUUGUGGGAAAGGAGAUCUUAUAUUCUAGCAGGAAGUUGGUGGACUUAGUGCUUGCACACAAGGAAAGUAAGUCUUACAAGCUCGCUAUUGUUGGAACCGGAGGAGUUGGUAAGACGACACUAGCUCAAAAGAUAUACAAUGACCCAAAAAUAAAAGGAAGCUUCAAGAAGCAUGCAUGGAUUUGUGUUUCGAAAGACUACGAUGAAAUUGGUCUUUUGAAAGAGGUUCUUCGUAAUACUGGUGUGCAUCGUAAGCAAGGUGAAACCAAAGCAGAGUUGCAGAGAAAGCUUGCAGAAACAAUGAAAGGCAAGAGUUUCUUUCUCGUUCUCGAUGAUGUGUGGCGGUCCAAUGUGUGGGUGGAUUUACUAAGAAUUUCAUUACAUGAAACAGUUGCUGGAGUAAUAUUGGUAACCACACGAGAUGAUCAAAUUGCCAAGAGAAUAGGUGUAGAGCAUACCCAUCGAGUUGAUCUCAUGUCAGCAGAGGUGGGGUGGGAGCUACUUUGGAAGAGCAUGCACAUUGAUGACGAGAAAAAAGUGCAGAAUUUAAGAAACAUUGGGAUUGAAAUUGUUCGUAAAUGUGGUUGCCUUCCGCUUGCAAUCAAGGUUACAGCCAGUGCUUUGGCAUGCAAAGAUAGUACAGAGAAUGAGUGGAAAAGGUUUUUGGGCAGAUAUAUUGGCUCCCAGGACAUGCUCUCUGAUGAAAUAGAAGGAGCUCUGUAUCUUAGCUACGAUGACUUACCACAUCAUCUGAAGCAGUGUUUCCUCUAUUGUGGUUUGUAUGUUGAAGAUUCUACCAUUCUCCGUCGUGUAAUUACCAGGUUAUGGAUUGCUGAAGGCUUCGUUGAGGAGCAACAAGGCCAAGUAUUAGAAGACACAGCAGAAGAUUACUACUAUGAGCUAAUCCAUCGUAACCUCCUCCAACCAGAUAAGAAUAAUUUUGACUUGGCUGGAUGCAAAAUGCAUGAUCUCUUAAGACAACUUGCUUGUAAUAUAUCAAGAGAAGAAUGUUUUGUUGGAGAUAUUGAAUCAUUAAGGGGUGAAGAUAUGUCAAAACUGCGACGUGUCACUGUUGUACCUAAGAAGGAUAUGCUAGUGUUGCCUAGCAUGGAUAAGGUAAAAGUUAAGUUGAGGACUUUCAUAACUAUUCGUGGUCCACAUAGAAUUGAGGAUACAUUGUUCAAGAGAUUUCUGCUUCUUCGUGUUUUGGUACUGAAUUACGCUCUUGUGCAAAGCUUUCCGGAUUAUAUAGGAGAACUGAUACAUCUACGCCUACUUGAUUUAGAUUAUACUGGCAUAUCUUGUCUUCCAGAAUCCAUUGGCUCCCUAAAAAACCUCCAAGUUCUUAGCUUGAGACACUGUAAAGCUCUGCACAGUCUUCCGUUGGCGAUGACCCAAUUGUGCAAUUUAAGAUGCUUUUUUCUUAUUGGCGCAGACAUAAAUCAUGUUCCAAAAGGGAUAGGAAAAUUGAAGUUUCUCAAUGCUUUACAAGGAUUUCCUGUUGGUAAUGGAAGUGAUAAUGCUGAUGUACAAGAUGGAUGGGAGUUGGAAGAAUUGUCUUUUGUGUCCCAGAUGAGGAGUCUUAAUCUGAAUAGAUUGAAAAAUGCGGCACAUUGUACUUCAAAUACAGUGCUCGCGGACAAAAAACAUCUAAAAGUUUUGACACUAGAGUGGACUGAACAAAGAGAGGAAGAAUAUCAAGAAGAAGACAUUUGCAAUGCUGAGAGUGUCUUUGAGCAGCUAAUACCUCCACGCAAUUUGGAACAAUUAUUUAUUAGAUUAUACUUUGGUCGGCGGUACCCCACCUGGUUUGGUACCACCUAUUUGUGUUCACUCGUACACUUGGCCAUCAGAUAUUCACAAUCGUGUGUGGAUCUUCCACCGCUUGGGCAGCUACCAAACUUGAAAUAUCUGUUAAUUGUUGGAUCAUAUGCACUUACCAAGGUCGGACCUGAAUUUGUUGGUUACAGGAAUCGUGAUCCCAUAUGCAGUGAGUUAGUUGCUUUUCCUAAACUUGAAUGGCUGAUCAUCAGGGAUAUGCCCAACUGGGAGGAGUGGUCUUCUUUUGAAGAAGUAGAAGAAUUUGCUGUCGAUGAAGGGAGAGAGGAUGGAGCUGUUGAGACUCGUCCAGAGGAUGCCCAAUCUGCAAGGUUGUCACUGCUGCCUCGUUUGGUGCUGUUGAGACUCGAAAAUUGCUCGAAGCUGAGGACUCUCCCGCGGCAGCUUGGAGAGGACACCACCAACUUGAAGAUGCUCAAAUUAAUUGGAGCAAACAACUUGAAGGCUGUCGAAGAUUUCCCACACCUCGCCGACCUCCUCCUUAUUGAGAAAUGUGAAGGCAUGGAGAGGAUCUCCAACCUCCCUCAAGUGACGAAACUGCAUGUCCAUGGUUGUCCAAACUUAAGCCAUGUAGAGGGGCUGGGAAGUUUGCAACAGCUAUGGCUGGGUGAGGAUAUGCAAGAGGUCUCUUCCCGCUGGGUGCCUGGGCUUCAAGAGCACCACCAGCGACUUCAUGGGGAAGCCCUGGAUGUCUACACGUUGUCUACCAGUUAGAAGGCAAUGAAAGCAUAAGCCUGGACUGAUGCCACAGUUCGCCUUGACGGGCAACAUACUAAGCCUGUCGACGGUGAAGACGUGCAAGCACCCUGAUCUACUGCAAACUGGUGAAGGAAGCGUCAUGUUUCUUUCUCUUAGGGCAAGUGCCCUGCAACGUAUCGAAUUUGGUCUUGUAUUUUUUUUUCCUGAACUUGAGAUGGAGACCUUUGCUGUACUGGAGAUGUGUAUCCCACGGAUUUCCUUUUAUUUCUUUCUGAACUUGGGGCCGGAGGCCUCUGCUGUACUGAACCUGUAUUGAAUGUAACAGAUGAUUUCCAUUUUGGCAUGAUUGAAUGCUUUGAGUAGAAGUGAUGAAUUUCGUUU